GAUGGGCACACAACAUCUGAUGAGUCUGGCGACCUGUAAAUAUAACCCAGGAACUUCGUUCAUUUAAGGUUACGUUCAAUAUCGGGAGGCUGGGUGAACUGGGAUGCACUAUGCAUUAUCAAGGUAAUCAGCCGGGACCCAGUUCAAGAGGUGGAGGAAGACUUCGAGGUCUUCGAGGUGGAAGGCGUUAUAUCCCAUACUCAGGUCGGCACAUCCGACCACGCGGUGCGAAAUUAUCUUCAUAUCAUAGCACGGAGGAGUGUAAUCAAUCCUCCUCGGAUGACUCAACACAGCCUCCAAGUCCCCCACCAUGCGUUGUGCCAACUCACGCGCCAGAACCUAUUCAAGAACCACAACCGAAUACUGCUGGGGAGCCUGCACCUACUGGAGAACAGUCUGCUGCAGAUGUCCCAAUGGAGACCGAAGGAACGCAAGAACAGAGGAGACGAACUCGUGGGCCAUCUAGAUGCAUUUUCUUUGACAAGCUAAGGAAGAACGGGAAAGUGCAGUUGAAGAUAAACGAUGGUGAGACAGCCCCAUGUUGUGAACACGCUGCUAUGUUCACAACACGAGUAUCAUGGAUUGUGAAACAAUAUUGUGACAUGAGUUACAAGCGUUGGUCGGAUGUCCCACCAGCGAUUAAAGAGGAGCUCAUUGACCGUGUUCGGAGUGACUUUGUGUUGGACUGGGAUCGCGAAAACCACCGAUUGACGGUGACAAAGGCCUUACGUAAGCGCUUCAACUCCUUCCACCACGACUUGCACAAGAUUUAUGAAUCCUAUGGAAGCCACGCAGAAGCGUUGGCUAAUGGAACUAGUCUGGUGGACCCCAUUGUAUGGGUGAAGUUGUGUGAAAAGUGGGGCAGCGAUGCCUUUAAGAAAAUUUCAGCUCAAAAUCGGGAGAACCGAAAGAAGCAGGCCAUUAAUCACACGUCAGGACGUAAAUCAUUCGUCCGAUUACUUGAGCAAAAGCGCAAUGAGAAUGGGAAUUUGGUCGACUUCUACAAAGAGACGCGUUGGUCGAAGAAAAAGAAUGCAUUUGUCACAGAUGCUACAGAAAAUACUUAUAAGGAGAUGCAAUGUAGGUUGGAUGGCCUAGGACCAGAGCAACGUAGUGAUGAGGCAGCAGCGACUGUCUUUAGGGAGGUUCUUGGCCAUCGACCUGGAUAUGCACGGGGACUUGGGGAAAUGGUCAUCCCCGAGUCAAGUAGACAACGUGACAAAGUUCAAAUGCAACAAUACAUGUCUGAGGCUGAAAAGCACAAGAAAGAUGCUGAACAAUAUAAGAAGGAUGCUGAGCAAUAUAAGAAGGAUGCUGAAGCUUACAAGAGUCAGCUGGAUGAAAUGAGGACAGAGAUGCGGGAGCUGAGGGAGCAUCAGCUACAAAAUGACAAAGUGAUGCAAUCUUUCUUUAGGGCUUUCCCGUCGUUCACUGAGUCAGUUCGACAGACUCAGUGCAACGAUUCCCCCGGCCCAUAA